GCCGCGGCGCCUGGCUGGCAGAAGGAGGUCCCGAGGCUUGGCUUGGCUGGCGCUAGUCCUUUCUUUCUCCUGCUCUGCUCACUUCGGCUGCACCUUCUUCCCUUCCAGCAGCGGCAGGUCGUCGGGUUUGGGGUGACCCUCGUGGCCGCCGCCUCCCUCUCUUUGCCUUGAGGCUGGCAUCUCUGCCUUUUGGGGGGCAGAGAGACCGAGGGGGAAACAGCCCUCCAACGGAGCUUUGUGAACCCAGACGCCUUGAGGACUAGUCCCUUUCUGGAUCUUGUGCCCAAAAAGGGAGGAAGACUUUGUUGGAGGGAGCUGGGGAGAAGCACCGUCGGGGCCAAAGUGUGUGUUUGUGUUGAUGUUUGUGUGUGAGAGAGAAAAGACACCUUCAUUUGGGACUUUGCAGCCGCUGCUUCUUUGCUUCUAAAGGAGCCCAUGGAGCUUUGGUUCUGAACCCUCGACGGCUGGAACAAGAAGCGGCUCCAAACCGUGACUCUGUCUCUUUCUAGUCUCCGGCGGGAUGGCGCUGUGGGCGUCGGGGGUCUUUGCCCGAGUCUGGCAUCGCCUCCGUGCCAACCUGGCUUAGCUUGGUCCCCGUCGAAGCCAGAGACAUGAAGAACAAAGGAGAGGAAGCCCGGGACUCCAUUGCUGCCGCUUCUGUGCCUUCUUCGUCCCUUUUGCGGCCCCUCCAUCCUUCCCCUCCGGACCCUUUUUCUCGGAGGGAGGCCUUCGAGGCCAUCGACCUCUCCCUCGACGGCAUCUUGGGCCCCAAAAACAUCGAGGAGGACGGAGAAGAAGAGGAGGAAGAAGAAGAGGAGGAGGAGGAGGAAGACUUAGAAGAAGCCAAAGAGGACGAAAGCGACCCCGACGUCGCGGCCCGUUCCUCGCCGGACAAAGAUGCCCUGGACCGGGUCCUGGAGACUUUCUUGGCCCCGAGAGCCAGCUCCGAGGAGAGCCCCCCGCCCCCCUCGACGUGGCCCUUUUUCGCCGCAGAAAUGCUUCCCAGCGCGGUAGGGGCGGCUUCUGCUGCUGCUUCUUCUCCUCCGAAGGGCCCCCGAGGCAAGGCCUUCUUCCCCUCGACGGCGACGGAGCCCAGACCCAGCCGCCCGCAAGGCUCCGGGCCCGAGCUGCUCAACGUGCCCAUCCUGCCCCUCAACCCGGCUUACUUAGCCGCCCGGACUCGGCAGCUGCUGGACGGCGAGGAGAACCCCGACAGGGCCAGGGCUUUGGCGGGGGACCCCCCGGGACACCUCGCCGCCCUCGCCUCCCCUCCUCCGCCUCCGCCUCCGUCCUGCAGCCUCCAGGACCUGGCCUCCUACAUGUACUCCUCCUCCUCCUCCUCUUCCUCGCCGGCCCCGGCCUCCUUCCUCUACGGCGCCGUCGGGGGGGAGGCCCAGCACCAAGGCCUUGCCUUCAAAAUCAAGGAAGAGGGGACCCUGGGAGCCAAGGCCGGGCCCGACUUCCCUGCUGCCUCCGCCGCCUACUUGGCCGCUAAGCCUUCGCCUUCGGGGCUGCCCGGCCCGGGAGGGGAGUACGGCCCCAAAGGCAGCCUCGGGGCCAGCGCUCAGGAGGCCCCCUCGGCUCCCUCCUCCUCUUCGCUGGAGGCCAUCCUCUACAAAGCCGAGGCGGCGGCUGCUUCUGCUUCUGCUGCUUCCUCUUCUUAUGGAGGAGCAGCAUCAGCGCCUAGUUGCAAAGCCCCGUCGAGCUGCCUGGGGCAAAGGGAGCCCGGCUGCCUCAGCUUGCCCUCCACCUCCACCUCCUCCUCCUCCUCCUCUUCCUCCUCCUCCUCGGCCCACCAGGCCCUCCUCUACCAGCCCUCCCUGGCCUUCCCGGGCCCGCAGCCUUCGCUGGCCAGCCUCAAAGACGGCCUGCCUCCUCCGUUCUACUCGCCCUACUUGAGCUACUUCAGGUCUGAUAUGGAAGCUGGCCAGAGCCCCCAGUAUGCUUUUGAAUCAUUGCCUCAGAAGAUCUGUCUCAUCUGUGGUGAUGAAGCUUCAGGAUGUCACUAUGGAGUCCUCACUUGUGGGAGCUGCAAGGUUUUCUUCAAGAGAGCAAUGGAAGGUCAACAUAACUAUUUAUGUGCUGGACGGAAUGACUGCAUAGUAGAUAAAAUUCGUCGGAAGAACUGUCCUGCAUGUCGCUUGAGGAAAUGCUGUCAAGCUGGCAUGGUACUUGGAGGUCGGAAGUUCAAGAAGUUUAACAAGGUCAAAGUUCUGAGAGCGUUAGAUGUCGUCGCACUCCAGCAGCCGGCAACUCUCCCUAAUGAAAGCCAAGCGCUGGCACAGAGGCUCUCUUUCUCUCCAAGUCAAGACAUCCAGUUUAUCCCUCCACUUAUCAGUGUCUUACAAGGCAUCGAGCCAGAAGUUGUCUACGCAGGCUAUGACAACACGCAACCAGAAACUCCAAGUGCUUUGAUGACCAGCCUUAAUCAGCUGUGUGAGAGGCAGCUCCUUUGUGUAGUCAAGUGGUCCAAGUCAUUACCAGGAUUCCGGAAUUUACAUAUUGACGAUCAGAUAACCCUUAUCCAGUAUUCAUGGAUGAGCCUAAUGGUGUUCGCCAUGGGAUGGAGGUCUUAUAAGCAUGUCAGUGGUCAGAUGCUCUAUUUUGCACCAGAUUUAAUACUGAAUGAACAGAGGAUGAAAGAAUCAUCUUUCUAUUCACUGUGCCUGUCCAUGUGGCAAAUCCCGCAGGAGUUUGUCAAGCUACAAGUCAGCAGUGAAGAAUUCCUCUGCAUGAAAGCCUUGCUGCUCCUCAGUACAGUUCCUUUGGAAGGUCUCAGAAGCCAAAGCCAGUUUGAUGAGAUGAGGUCAAGUUAUAUCAGAGAGCUGGUCAAGGCAAUCGGCUUGCGACAGAAAGGGGUCGUGGCCAGUUCACAACGGUUCUAUCAGCUUACCAAACUUAUGGACUCCAUGCAUGAUCUCGUGAAACAGCUCCACCUAUACUGUCUGAACACAUUUCUCCAGUCCCGUGCGCUAAGUGUUGAAUUUCCAGAGAUGAUGUCGGAAGUCAUUGCCGCACAACUACCCAAGAUCCUAGCAGGAAUGGUGAAACCUCUUCUCUUUCACAAAAAGUGAAAUGCCUCUUCUCUGCUCUCUUGUUUGUAAAGAUAACACACACACAAAAUGUGCAUUUUUUCUAAAAAAAUAUCUUGAGGAUUUUUGAGGGGUUGGGAUUUUGCAGUGCCAAGAUAUUUGCUGUCUCUGUUCCACUUCACAUGUGUACUGGUUUAUGGAUUGGAUCCAGCCCCAUUAAAAUCAAUGAGAUCUCAGUCGGUCUUGACUAAAUUAGGGCUUACGUAUUUUAAUGUGUCUCAUUCUAAAUGUGAUUAAGUUUGUAUUCUGCCUAUUUUGUCUGCAAACCUUCAAAUACUGCACCGUAUCCUCCAUGAUUCCUUUACAACAGUUUUUCUUUCAAGUAUGACCAAUAUUUGUCAUAAGAAAUGUUUUUAUAAUGGGCCUGAUUGGAUUUCUGCUGAGGAAUACAAUAACGAUCGCUUUGUUUUUGUUUUUUAAGAAGAGGAAGUUACUUGUACAUUUUCAUAUUAUUCAUUUUUAAAUUCCUGCAAUGGAGUAAAGCUAUAGCUUUUAAUACAUUUGUGUGUGUGUGUGUGUGUUUGACUAUAUGUGUAUAUGUAUAUAAAUAUCGAAGAUUAUGGUGAAAUUAAAAUGCAGAUUGUCUUCUAAACUGAGAAUAUAUUCCUUUUACUCUCCAAACUCUUUCACUGUCAUGCCAUCUCAAAAAUUAGGAGGUGCCUAUACUGUACCAUAAGAGGGAGAGCACUUUAGAGGUAUAAAGUUAAUCUUCUUUUAAUUGCUGUUGCUGUUGUUGUUUUUUGGAAAGUGCAGAGUUUGGACAUAAUACAUUACUUUUUGGAAUAGAAAGGGCAUAAUGACAUACCAUUGUAAACUAACACAAGCGGCAACACUGGUAAUAUUUCAUGGAGCAAAUGCUACUUGCUAAUUAUUCUGUUAUUGCCAGAGUAGUGAUGGUGGUCAUUUUUAGCCAUUUCUCUCUCCCUCUCUCUUUUUUGGAAGUGUUUUUUAAAAAUAAAAUAAAGUAAAAUAUAAACAAAGUAAUGUA